UCCCCCCACACUGCUAUCCGGAGAUAUUUUAACUUUACUAAAUGAAAUCAAAGUUCAGGGCAAUUGAUAUCAAGUGCUUCGCUGCGAUCUUUACAAGCCAACCGUUCGUCCUCGGCGUUUAGUCUAACAGGAUGUGAUCAAGGAAAUAAGUGACUCGGCGAAAUAUGGCUGUACAUUUUUCCUUCGGCGAGGUGUCAAAAGUGCGAUCACCAAAGCGCACAUGCGGAAAUGGAAAGGAAUAGAGUGAGAGUCUCAUUAGAACACGUAUUCAACUAAGACAGGGGGAAUUAAUGUGCCUGCGCCGCAGGCAACUGCGAACAUGGGAACUACGUGUUGCGAUCUUAGACAUGUUUCAUUCGGCAGUAUCAAAGAGGCCCAAUCACUUGUCGAAAAAGUUGCAAUGACUCGCCUUACAGAAUCGAUAAGAGCGAGUGCGCCGCCGACAUUUCACAUUAUGCUGUUUGAAGAUCCUCGGCUACUGUAUUGAUCUCAACUGAGUUCAUCCGUGUUCCCGGCGUCGACCUACUUACCCACCGAGCCACCAUGAUUCUCGUUACUUGGGAUUGGAAACCUACAUUGACUUAUCCAAAAACGAUUGAAUCCUGAUUGUGGUGGAAGACCCUCGGACACCGGCGUAUAACAUGGAAUAUGGUUCUCAUUUAUAUUCAUUUCCAUACCUGUAUCGGCAUGGACAUGCACGGCCGCUACUGAAACGGCAAGUUAUACCUCCGGUGACUUUGUGAAGUUGUCAGGAAGCGAGAACAAAAACAGGUCUCCGGCGGAUCCUAUUCUUCUUUCCUUCCUAUCAUGUCACUACUACAAUGCACACGAUACGAUACACCGAGGACUCUCGUCGUUCUUCACGCAUGAUUCGCAAUUAGUGAACAGCUCCUAUGUCGAUGAGAAGUUCGUGUUCAGAAAGAGUGAGAGGCGUGUCUAUCGCGGAUCCCUCCUUUAUCACCGAUUUAGUAUUUCCCCCUCCCUUCUCCUUCAUCAUUACCCGAGUAAAGUACCCGAAUCGCGUAUUUUGGCAUAGCAUAACAUGGACUAUCUCGUAAUUUC